ACCUUCAUCGGAUUCUAAUCAUUCCGACUCUAGUGAAUCUAAUCCAAAUACAAUAAUAUCACAUAUAGUAUCUACAAAAUUAAAAUGCGUACUGCAAUGUUUGCUAGAUUGUCAACAAGCAAUGUCGGAAAAGAAGUCACCGAAAGUGAUUAGGAUUUACGUUAAAAAUUUCAUUGAACAAUUCGAGCAAUUCGAAUUGUUCAUCACAGAAAAUAAUAAAUCACGAAUAAUUAAUUUGUCAUCGGAUGAUAAAAAAUUAUACCAUGAAAUUGGAUUCUUUCAUACAAGUGAUUUUAUACAAUCUGAUGGUUCAAGUAGCAUGGAUAAUUCACAAGAUAAAUUUACUCCUCAACAAAAUCUUGAAAUGACAAAAAUAGAUCAAUUAGAAUAUGAUUUAUAUCUUCUUGGAAAAAGUUAUUUCGAUGUUAAAGAAUUUGAUAGAGCAGCUUAUUUUUUGGAAGAAUGUAAAUCAUCAAAAUGCCGAUUUCUUAAAAUAUAUUCAAAAUACAUGGCUGGCGAAAAAAGAAAAACGGAAGAAAGUAAUGACAUUAUGGGACCUUUGGAUGAUUCAAAAGUUAUGAAUAAAGAAAUUUUAAAACUUUGGGAAGAAAUAGAAUCAUGGCAUGAAGAGGGAGGAUUAGAUGGAUUUCUAACUUAUGGAUUGCUUUUAAAACAACUAAAUCCACAAUCAGAGAAUAUUAUAGAUAUAUUCAUAGAAUCUAUUUGUAAAUACCAUUAUAAUUGGAGUGCAUGGCUAGAAUUGGCAUCUUGUAUAUCAAAUCAAGACAUGAAACCACAAUCACUAAAUGAUCUAAUAUCAGAAUUUCCAAAACCUUUUGCAAAUAAUAAUUAUUUACAAACAGAAAAAGCAGUUUUGUUAUAUAAUGCUGGAGACUAUGUUGAAGCAGAGGAAAUUUUUAGUAAUCUUUUAACCAAAGAUCCAUUUAGAAUUGAUCAAAUGGAUUUAUAUUCAAAUAUAUUGUAUGUGAUGGAAGGAAAAUCUGCAAAAUUAAGUUUUCUAGCACAUAUAACAUCAUCAACUGAUAAAUUCAGAGCUGAAACUAUGUGUGUUAUAGACAGGUCAAGCCACAACAUAGUAAUAGUGGCUGAUGGGCAAGAAAGAAAGACGGAUGAAGUGAAAAUCAUUCAACAAUAG